AAUUAAUUUUGAAAAUGAAAGUAUUCGCCAUCGCCACCGUUUGCUUGGUCGUUGCCAGCUGUGCCUGGGCCGCUCCCAGUGUACAAGAUAAUAAAAUCGAAACCGAUUCGACCUUUGGCCGUGCUGCCCGUUACUUGGGUUCUUGUUUGGAAAGUGACGAUAUGACCACCUGUUUGGCCGUUAAGGGUAUUACAGCCUUGAAUCGUGCCGCCCGCAGCAGCAAUAUUGAAUUGAUCAAUGGUGUUACAUUCAAGAGAGAUCCCGCCACCCCUGUCCAACGUGCCGGCCGUGCCAUGAGCGAAAACGAUGUCUACUCUCAAUUGCCAGAAGAUUCUGAUGAACGUACUGGUCGUUUGGUUGAUAUGGCCGUUGAAAGUGCCACCGAUUUCUUGAGCACACACAAUUUGGAAGUUAAGGUACCCGCUGAAGCUACCCAAGAAAUUGCUCGUGCUUUGGAUGAAGGUCGCGGUAAAUUGAAGAAAAUGAUUGGCCCCAUUGCCUUGGCCAUCGGUGCUAAAGUUUUCGCCAUUGUACCCCUCUUGUUGGGCGGUUUGGCUUUGUUGACCACCAAGGCCAUCAUUGUUGCCAAAAUUGCCUUGUUCUUGGCUCUCUUGUUAGGUGGCUCGAAAUUGCUCGGCGGUAAAUUGGGUGGUUCUUUGGGUAAUGCCUACAGUUCCAAUGUUGGCUGGUCUGGUGCCUCCACUGGUGGCUGGUCAUCGGGUGCUUCGUCUGCCUACCCAUAUGCUCGCAGCAUGAAUGAUGCCCAAGAAUUGGCUUAUGCCGGUCAAGUAAAUGCCCAAUAAAUCGUUAGCUAACGACG